UUAAGUAACAUUUGUAUUUCAGAGUGGGAUCACUGAUCCACUGGAAUAUCCCCUUGCACUAGACGCAUUGUUGGGAAAAAGUUUGCUUUCAAGAUUAAUUGGAACCCUCGCUUUAAAAAUGGUUUUGUUGUCAUGUAUCUCCGGGACAAACAAAUAAUUGAUCAACUUGAAGGAAAAGAUGUUGCCAUUGGUUCUGAAGUGACUUUUCCCAUCCUUGAGGCCACUACUCAAUCGGAUAUGAAAUUGGAGAGCAUUGGCGAGGAUGUUUCGUUGGAUAAUUUACAACCUCAAACGGAAGGAGAAAUCUCCUCUGGAGCUAUUCCAGAUCCGGUCACAUCUUUCGGAAAUGUCAAGAGGAUGCCUCCCGAAGACGCGGUUGAAUCACCGUUGCAAACUCUCGGCGAAGGUGACCUAUCAUCAACUAAGGUCAAGAAGGUGGCCAAGCGUGGCAAAAAAUCUGCAACUUAAACCAUCUUUUCCUUGUCACCAACAUAACCAAUCUUUUGUAUGUCAUUUUAGAUAAUUUUUUUGUUAAAAAGUCUAAACGUAACACAAGUAUCAGUUGUACUGUUUAGUGGAUGUACAAGGUUUAUAACCAUUCAUAUUUUCUUUUUACUUCCUACUCUGUGUAAUUCUAAAUUUUAGACAGUACCUAUUGUUUCUAAGGGUAGAAGCCGUUGAACUUUAA